UGAGACUCAGCGCGCCUGCGCAAAGGAAAGAGGAAGAGCGCGCACGAAGCCCGCGGUUCUUACGUGUAGCUUUGCAGCCGUGUUUCGUAAGUGAGUUGGAGUGAUUGUGAAUUCUCAUGGAUUUCGGGAAGGAGAGAGUGGUCGCGCUGGUCGACAUGGAUUGCUUCUAUGUGCAAGUGGAGCAAAGACUCAAUCCCGAGCUCAAAAACAAACCCUGCGUGGUAGCACAGUACAAGACAUGGAAAGGCGGAGGCAUUAUAGCAGUGAGUUAUGAGGCCAGAGCUCAUGGUGUGACCAGGAACAUGUGGGCAGAUGAUGCCAAGAAGCUCUGUCCUGAUCUACAGGUCGCACGCGUCAGAGAGUCUCAUGGGAAGGCUGAUCUCACCCAUUACAGGGAGGCCAGCGUGGAGGUGAUCGAGGUGAUGUCACGCUUCGCUGUCAUAGAGCGAGCCAGUAUCGAUGAGGCGUACAUGGACCUCACCGCCAGCGUGCAGGACAGACUGAAGCACAUGAGCGUCCAGGACAUUACGCCGCACCAGCUGAGAAGCACCUACAUUCAAGGUCUUCCACAAACCAGUGAUCAGAGUGAGAAUGCGCUGCUAGAUAAAGAGGAGCGUCGGCUCAGAGGCCUGCAGCAGUGGCUGGAGUGUCUGUCCUCCAGCGAUCGGUCCUCGUGUGCAGAGCUGCAUCUGACGGUCGGCGCUCUGAUAGUGGAGGAGAUGAGGGCCGCCGUGGAGGAGCACACUGGUUUCCGCUGUUCUGCCGGCGUCUCGCACAACAAGGUGUUAGCCAAACUAGCAUGUGGUUUAAACAAGCCCAAUCGCCAAACAGUGUUGCCAUUGGGAUUUGUUCCAGAACUCUUCAGCACCCUUCCUAUUGGUAAAAUUCGUAAUCUGGGAGGGAAGCUGGGGUCGUCCAUCACGGAGACUCUGGGAGUGGAAAACAUGGGGGAUCUCACUCAGUUCAGCAAGGUCCAACUGGAGCAGCACUUCGGAGAGAAGACUGGGCCGUGGCUGUACGACUUAUGCCGAGGGAUCGAGUUUGAGCCCGUGAAGCCUCGACAGCUCCCCAAAUCCAUCGGCUGCAGCAAGAACUUUCCAGGAAAAACCUCUUUGGCUACAAAACAGCAGGUGCAGCACUGGCUUCAUCAGUUGGCCCUCGAGUUACAGGAAAGACUGAACAAAGACAGAGAUAUGAACGGGCGGGUGGCCAAACAGCUGACGGUGGGCGUCCGGCAAGCUGGAGGUCAGAGUUUUUCCCGCUGCUGUGCUCUUGUUCGAUAUGACGCUGUGAAGAUCACAUCAGACAGCCUGGCCAUCAUCAAGAGCCUCAACACUGCAGGAAACCACCAGGAGGCGUGGUCUCCUGCUUUGACUUGCCUUCAUCUGUCAGCCAGUAAGUUCAGUGAUGUUCCCUCGUCCUCAUCAGGAGGAAUAGCGGGUUUUCUGAGCAGUGACGCACCUUCAGCGCAGUCGCUUCUGGCCUCGACGCAAACCCCCAAAAUGCAGCCGAGCCCCAAGAGUCCCGGCGCCAUCCGCUCUCUGUUUGAGAAAGCUGCUGAAAAAAAAAAACAGCAAGUGGAGGAAUCUAGUAAAGAUGAACAUGUGUCAUCUAGUCUUCCUCAGAAAGCCACUGGCAUCUCUUCCUUCUUUCAAAGAAAGACUCUGGAGAAGAAGCUUCAGCUGGCAGACUCGCUCUCUGAUGACGGCAGGUCAACGCUGACUGAAGACCAGAGCGAUUCGGCUCCGUGUGAGACGGCCAGCGAAGCCGUUGUCUCUCUAAUUGCUCCGUCAGACGUCAACACGUCCAGUGAGGAUCUUCACGCGUGUGAGCGCUGCGGACUGAAGGUGCUGGUCUGGGAAAUGCCUGAGCAUAUGGACUAUCAUUUCGCUCUGGACUUGCAGAAAUCAUUCUCGUCCUCCUCGGCCUCCGGCAACGGGCCAGUAACGGCCGGAGCGCCGCAGCCGUCCCGCGGAAAGAGCAGGACGAAGAUUCAGAGUGGCCCGCAGGCCAAGAGAGCGCGAGUGCAGGGAAACAGCGGCACACUGGACUCCUUCUUCAAAAAGACUUGACGGCAGUCCCAUCAAGCACUGCACUUUGACCAGCUUCUUAUAUGAUCAGGUUUUGAUGAGAAAUAUGUGUGGCUUUUACAAUUUACUGUUUAAUUUAAAUAAUAAAUCAGAUGUUUUACAGAAAAUGUUCAAAAGCCAUUCUCUCUUAAAUAGACGCCUUGAUCUACUAAACACAGGCUGUUUAGUCAUUAUGACACAAGGUCACACAAAAAUAUUUAUUAAAGGGGUCAUAAGAUGAAGUCAUUAAAGUGUUUUUUUUUUAAAUACAUGGUGAUAUUUGCAGGCAUAUCAGUAUGUAUCACUUUCAUACUGACAGACAGUCUGAAUGAUGGAGAAAAUUGUGCAAAUGUUUUUUUCUGUGAAAUUUAUUUGAAUCAACAUUUUGAAAGAAUUGAAAAGCCAUGGCAUGACCCACAUGAGAAAUAUACAUGAAAUGUUAAAUGUCAAACAUACAGAUUAUGAAAUAUGUGCACAUGCAGUUUCUAAGGCGUUUUGGGUGGUUGCAAAUAGGCUACUUUUCUGCCGUCAGAAUGAGUGUCCAAAUAUCUGAUUUAAAAAAAAAAAAAAAGUUUUUUUUUUAAAUACCAUAACACUUCCUCCAGUGAAAAAAUCAUCUGGUCUGAAUCAGCGGAGAAAUCUGCAUGGAUCAAUCACCGUUUACAAACCAAAACAGCUCUAAACAAAUAUGUGGGUGGAUUUUGAUGUGAGAGACUUUUUUUAGGAGGUAUUACUAUGGAUUAUAGACUUGUUUUUAAGCCAAAAGUGGUGGUUUAAAGUAAGAAAUGUCUUGUUGAUGGAUUUCUUUCUUUUGUCUUUUCAAGACGUUAAUUGAAGGACUGGACUUGUGGUUUAUUGUGACGUUUUUAUCAGCUGUUUGGACUCAUUCGUCGUUCUGACGGCACCCAUUCACUGCAGAGGAUCCAUUGUUGAGACAGUAAUGCAAUGAUAAAAUUUCUCCCAAUCUGUUGAGAUUGAAAAAAAAAAAAAAAACUCAUCUUCAUCUUCUUGGAUGGUGUAAGUGUGAUGACACUUGCAGCAAAUGUUUUUUUGGGUGAGCUAAACAGCACUUGCAACAUCCUGAGUAGUUUUGGCAUUAUUUACUUCCCACCACUAGAGGGCAGCAAAUCAUGACUGUAACACUGCAACCUUUACAGCAUGAAACUGAAAUGUCAUUAAGUUUUUAAUACGCAUAUGCCACAAUUAUACUUUUAAAUACUUUUUACCACAAUAACAGCUCUGAGUUUUCUUCUAUAAUGCCUGAUGAGUUUGGAGAUCAGAGACCAUUCCUUCAUCCAGAAUUUCUCUGCUCAGUGACACAUUUUUGUGUUGCUUUUGAUGUUUGUUUUGAAUCAUCCGGAGGCAGUCAGGUUUAGAUUUUUAUAUGUUGGUAUUUGCUAUAAUCCAUGAUGAAUGAUCUGAACGAGAUGUCCAGGACCUCUGCCAGAGAAAAAGGAAGAUUAAAGGUCCAGCAGUAUGUUUCAUUGUUCACAUGCUCAUUUUUCAGUUUCAUCUGAGACCAAAUUGAGUCCCGUUGGAAGUUCCAGUAGUGUCUGGGAAAUUAAUAAACUGUAGUUUGCCUUUGUGUGAGA